CUCAUGUUUGCCUAGAUUGCCCCCAUAUCAGCGGGCCACAAGAAAGAAGCUCAAAGACAGCUCGAAGUUUCACCCACAUUUUGCUGGAAUGCUCUUUGCAGAGGACGAGUAUGAAAAGCGGAAAUUCUUGAUCGAUGUGCCGGAGGGUGUCAGAAUACCAAGCCUUGGAGAUGAAACACAGCUAUCAGUUGAGCUGUAUGGCUGGCCAAUGGGGGUAUCUGGUGCAAUUACGUGGAGGGGAGUCUGGGCUGCGUUGCCGUUGAUCCUCCAGCGAGCUGAGUUCCUCCAGGGGGCCAAGGUGCUGGAGCUGGGUGCCGGCUGUGGCCUUCUGGCCAACACAGCAGCUGUGCUUGGUGCUUCCUGCAUGUUUUGCUUGGGGCACGGGCAGCGCUCCCAAAAGCCAUUAAAGACCUCAUGGACAUGCACAGGUGCACACAGCACUGCAACUGAUGGCAAUGAAGAAGAGAUACCUCUUCUUCAGAAGAAUGCCUUCAGCUUUGCUGACGGGCUCAUGCUGGGAGGGUCUUUGUCUGCAACCCACCUGGAGUGGGGUCAGCAUGCAGCCGAGAGGUCUGGCCUUCCAUCAAAGGGCUUUGAUCUCAUCGUUGGCUCAGAGAUCGUGUACAUACCUGACUGCAUCCCUGCACUGGUUGAAAGUCUUUGCUUCUUCUUAGCUGAUGACGGUGAGGCAAUCAUUGCUAACACAGCUGUGGCGACACGCACUGAUCAAUCCGCUGCACGGGAGCUUUUGUGUGAAUGCCUGGAAGCUAAAGGCUUAACCUUCAACAUGGACAUGCCGCCACGUUCACCACCUCCACCUGAUGAAGAUAAUUGGGCGGAAACAUCUUAUAUCUUAUAUAUUAAAAAAAUGUUAAAGAUAAUAUACUAUUACUAUUCUUUUUGGGAAUAUAUUAAUUAUUAUAUAGAUAAUAUGAUUUAUUGUGUGUUGGUGUCGCUGUAG